GAGCAUAGCUUGUCUCAUCAAUCCCUUCAAUCGUGGCGUUCCGGGUUACCCGCUCGUAUCUCUCUAAAAACCCCUUCACCAGUGGCCAGUGACCACCAUGUCGUCAUAUGAGAUUGUAAUCAUGCAAAAAACCGAGUGCACGUGAAAAGGCUGGAGCGAGCAAAGCACAGUUCUUAAGCAGAUGCAAUUCUGGAGUGCUGGAUUAUGCUUUGAUUUUCACGGUUGCCGACAACCCGAUUGGCCGUGGCGCGGCUUGGCGCUAUCACCACUGGUGUUGCAGCAAUUGUCAUCACCGCCACUAACACUUUAUCAAGAACCAAACUCCCCCGGCCGCGCCUGCUUCCCCGCCAUCUCCACUCAACAGCUCGAUACACCAGGUACACGAUGCUUUCUACUACUCGCGCGUCCACCGCCCUGACCCUGCGAUCGGCAUUGCCAUCCAGGAACAUCGCCAUCCGAGCCAUCUCCACCUCGAAGCCUACAGCGCUCGCCUCCGCCGGCGGCAUCACACAUGUCGGACAGGAGACCGGUCUCACCGACCGUCCCGCGCGUCGUGAGGUUCUGCUUCCGUCGCAGGAGCGCCCCAAGAACGUGGUCGACUAUGCGUUGACCACCCUCGAUACGAUGGCGAACUGGGCCCGUCAAGGAUCGCUUUGGCCCAUGACCUUCGGACUCGCGUGCUGUGCCGUCGAGAUGAUGCACUUGUCGACGCCCCGCUACGACCAGGAUCGCAUGGGAAUUAUUUUCCGUGCCUCGCCUCGUCAGUCCGAUGUCAUGAUCGUCGCGGGUACGCUCACCAACAAGAUGGCCCCUGCUCUGCGACAAGUCUAUGACCAGAUGCCUGAGCCCCGCUGGGUCGUCUCCAUGGGUUCGUGCGCCAACGGAGGUGGAUACUAUCAUUACAGUUACUCGGUCACUCGAGGCUGCGAUCGUAUCGUGCCCGUUGACGUCUACGUGCCUGGCUGCCCGCCCACUAGUGAGGCGCUGUGCUAUGGUAUCUUGCAGUUGCAAAAGAAGAUGAGGAACACCAAGAUCACCCGGAUGUGGUACAGGAGGUAGAUAGGUGGGGGGUUAUUCUGUUCCGAGAUGUUUGCUAGAAUGCAGAUAGGGUGUUUUUGGGGGGUACGUUGGGGUUCUGUACAUUUUUUUUUUCGAGACGUGUGUUUGUCAUGCCCUAUUUUCUUUGGCUUUCCGCAUUGUAUCGUCUCAACUGCAAUACAGGUUUACAUUUGACUUCAUCAGCG